AUGCCUGUGUAUGCCUGUGUGUGUGAUCAGUGGGAGACCCUGUUCAUGUGUGGCGUUUCUAGCGCAUCCCAUAGGAGCUCAGAGGGAGCUCAGGGCACCAGUCCAGUUGAAACUAAUCGGUUGAACCCCGGCCUUGUAACUUGGCUUAAUCGGAGGAUUGUAGCUUGA